ACUUGGGCUUUUCUGGAAAAACUUAUGAAAGUUGGUUACUUGGAAACCAAAAUGAUGGACUCGCCAGAACCCGUUCCAGAACUUGUUGGGUUGUCUAUUGAAGAUGAAGAUCGAAUGGUUGAGCCACCAAUGGUAAGACUGAAGAAUGGCAUAGAUUUGAAUGAACUAAAAAGAGCUGAUGGGGAAGGUGCAGAGUUUGAAAUAUCCACGGAUGAAACACCACAUGAAAUUGAACAGUUUGAUUCUGCAGAAAUGUUUAAACAAUUGAAUUAUGAUUGUACAAAUGAGUUUGAUGACGAUUCUGAUGAUGAUACUGUGACGCCAUUUGAAAGGAUUGCACGAGAUAUGAAAGAGUUGACAGUUGAUAAAGGAGUACUGAAGAAAAUGAUUAAAGGCGGCAUGGGAGAAUUUAUUCCACCUGGAUCGCAUUGUAAAGGUGAAGAAAUUUAA